AGGAGCCCACAGCUCAGGGGCACUGGGGCAGGCAGGAAGAGCCUCAGAGAGGAAGAGGUGACACCCCCCACCCUUGGGAGGGGCCCCCAGCGGUUGCCGAAGCUGUAUGAGGAGGAGGAGGAAGUGAGAGGAGGAGGUGAGGUGCUGCGGGAGGUGAGCUGGGCUGGUGGGGACAGGGGCUGGGCCUGGGGCUGGGUCUCCGGACAGAGGCCUGGCUUUUCUGUCAGGGCAGGGCCUAGCCCCCACCCCCAUGAAAGAGGAGACAUAGGGGGCUUGGUGAGAUACCCUGAAACCUCCCCCCUCUGACCCCACAGCCAGGCCCCAGGCUGGCCGGGAGUGGCCCCUCACACUGGUUCUCCCCACUUGCUCUGCCUGUGGCAUCGAAGGCCCCAGGUACCAUGGCCCAGGCCCUGGGGGAGGACCUGGUGCAGCCUCCCGAGCUGCAGGAUGACUCCAGCUCUUUAGGGUCCGACUCAGAGCUCAGCGGGCCUGGCCCAUAUCGCCAGGCCGACCGCUAUGGAUUCAUUGGGGGCAGCUCGGCAGAGCCAGGGCCAGGCCAGCCACCUGCAGACCUCAUCCGCCAACGGGAGAUGAAGUGGGUGGAGAUGACCUCGCACUGGGAGAAAACCAUGUCCCGGCGGUACAAGAAGGUAAAGAUGCAAUGCCGGAAAGGCAUCCCGUCUGCCCUGCGUGCCCGGUGCUGGCCCCUGUUGUGCGGGGCCCAUGUGUGCCAGAAGAACAGCCCUGGCACCUAUCAGGAGCUGGCAGAGGCCCCUGGAGACCCACAGUGGAUGGAGACCAUUGGCAGGGACCUGCACCGCCAGUUCCCUCUGCAUGAGAUGUUUGUGUCACCUCAGGGCCACGGGAGGCCUUCUGGUGCCUGGUGCAGAUCUGUGAGGUCUACCUCCCUGGGUACUACGGGCCCCACAUGGUGCCAAAGUACUGUUCCGUGUGGGGCUGACACUGGUGCGCCUGGCGCUGGGCACUGCAGAGCAGCGAGGGGCCUGCCCUGGCCUCCUGGAGACACUGGGAGCCCUUCGAGCCAUCCCUGCCGCGCAGCUGCAGGAGGAGGCCUUCAUGUCACAGGUGCACAGUGUGGUGCUGUCGGAGCGGGACCUGCAGCGGGAGAUCAAGGCCCAGCUGGCCCAGCUGCCCGAUUCCGUGCCGGGGCCCCCGCCCCGGCCACAGGUCCGCCUCGCUGGGGCCCAAGCCAUCUUCGAGGCCCAGCAGCUGGCAGGGGCGCGACGAGGCGCCAAGCCUGAGGUACCUCGGAUUGUGGUGCAGCCCCCGGAGGAGCCCAGACCACCACGGCGGAAACCCCAGACCCGCGGCAAGACUUUCCAUGGGCUCCUGACUCGGGCCCGGGGCCCCCCCAUCGAGGGGCCCCCCAGGCCCCAACGAGGCUCCACCUCCUUCCUGGACACCCGCUUCUGAGAGGACCAUCGACUCAGUGUCCCCCAGGCAAAAUCGACUGAUGGCUGAUGCCAGCCCGGCAAAUGGGCAUCGCACUUUACUCUGGGGACUCGGGGACUUGGCUUCCUUCCCGGCAAGGACCAGGUGGUGCGGGAGGAGGAGGUCCUCCGUGACACAUACUGGGUCAGGCACUAGCAUGGAGGAGGGUCACAGAGUGGGGCACGUGAGGACCCAUGGAACCGUCCUGGUGCCCAGGCCCUCACAGGUACCAAAGCCAGCAUCAAAGGAGUCAGGGAAGGGGUUGGCUGGGUCAAGAGACCCCAGAGGGCACCAGGAAUAAAAUCUUCUUGAACAGA